AUGGCCAGCGUCAAGCGCAUUAGCAAGGAACUCGCCGAGUGCUCCGACCCCUCCGCCCUCCAAGGCAUCACCGUCACUCCCCUCGACGCCGACGUCUCCAUCUGGCACGUCACCCUGACCGGCCCCGCCGCCAGCCCCUACGAAGGCGGCACCUUUGGCGUCCGCGUCGAGCUGGGCAAGUCCUACCCCUUCAAGGCGCCCCUCGUCCGCUUCGUCACCCGCAUCUACCACCCCAACGUCACCAACGACAGCGACGGCAGCAUCUGCAUCGCCGCCCUCAAGCCCGAGCAGUGGAAGCCCGCCACCCGCAUCUCCUCCGUGCUCCAGGCCCUCCGCCAGCUGCUGGUCGAGCCCAACCCGGACGACCCCCUCGAGGGUGCCAUCGCCGACGAGUUCCGCCACAACCGCGACUCCUUCGACCGGAACGCCCGCGACUAUGUGAAGAGGUACGCGAGCAAGCCGGACCCCUUUGCGUGA